GAGACGUAGGUAUAAUCGAGGACGAUUCUACACAGGGAGAGCUUCGAGUAGGGCGCGACGCAUCUCUCCUCGGCUAUGGCGACGAGCAUGGCGCUCAACGAGAUUGCUGUGAGCAGCGCAUUUCCAGUGGCUUCGAAGAUGUCCUCCAAGCCUGCCAUGAAAAAAUUUGUGGGGUUCCACACGGUUGUGCUCUCGACAAAGAACGCAUCGUUUCCAUCCGUGAAGUGUGCUGCAAAGGUCAACAUGGCUGUGGCGGUCGAUGUUUCUCGCUUUGAAAAUGUGAGCAUGGCACCUCCGGAUCCCAUUCUCGGUGUCAGCGAGGCAUUCAAGGCGGAUACCGACGCUACCAAGUUGAAUCUUGGUGUUGGAGCUUACAGGACUGAGGACCUUCAGCCUUACGUGCUUAAAGUUGUGAACAAGGCCGAGCAGCUUAUGCUGGAGAGGGGUGAAAACAAGGAGUAUCUUCCAAUUGAAGGUCUUGCUGCUUUUAACAAGGCUACUGCCGAGCUUCUGUUGGGGGCUGACAAUCCAGUAAUCAAGAAUGGCCAGAUUGCUACUGUUCAAGGUCUGUCUGGAACGGGUUCUCUGCGCUUGGGUGCUGCCUUUAUUGCAAGAUACUUUCCUGGCGUUAAGGUUCUUAUUUCGUCUCCUACAUGGGGAAACCACAAGAACAUUCUCAGCGAUGUAGGUGUUCCAUGGUCAGAAUAUAGAUACUUUGAUCCUCAAACGGUUGGGCUGGAUUUCAAGGGAAUGAUUGAAGAUAUCAAGGGUGCUCCCAAUGGAUCGGUCAUAUUACUUCACGGCUGUGCGCACAACCCCACUGGCAUCGACCCGACUCCCGAGCAGUGGGAAGCAAUUGCCGAUGAGCUUGAGGAGAAAGGCCACAUGCCUUUUUUUGAUGUUGCAUAUCAGGGAUUCGCUAGUGGUAGUCUCGACGACGAUGCGAGCUCCGUGCGGAAGUUUGCCAGUCGUGGUUUUGAGAUGUUCGUUGCACAGUCCUACAGCAAGAACCUUGGCCUCUACGCCGAAAGAAUUGGUGCAAUCAACGUCAUUCUUCCAACGGCCGACUUGGCAGCAAGAGUGAAGAGCCAACUUAAGCGACUCGCAAGGCCAAUGUAUUCGAAUCCUCCAGUGCAUGGCGCACGGAUUGUUGCAAACGUUGUCGGCGACUCGGUUUUGUUCGACGAAUGGAGGGCAGAGAUGCAGAUGAUGGCGGGCAGGAUCAAGGGUGUGAGGCAGAAGCUCUACGAGGCACUCUUGUCAAAGGACAAGAGUGGCAAAGAUUGGUCCUUUAUUCUCAAGCAAAUUGGGAUGUUCUCCUUCACAGGCCUCACCAAGUCCCAGAGUGACAACAUGACUGAUAAAUGGCACGUUUACAUGACAAAGGAUGGACGAAUUUCCUUGGCUGGAUUGAAUCUAGCCAAGUGUGACUACCUUGCGGACGCGAUCAUCGACUCUUACUACAACGUGAAAUAGAAGAGCGAAGAGAAACGAGCGAAUAAAAGCUAAUGCUAUGGAGCAAAGUUUUGAUAAACAUUCUUACCACUAAUAAGAGAACUUAAAGAGAAUAUUAAUUUGAUGGUUGAA